AUGUCACCCCUGCCAGUCAUUACGUGUGGAAGCACCAACCCGCAAGUAUUCAACGCUGUCAAGCCUCUUUACUUGCCAGAGUACGAAAUUAUACAUAAUGUCACCAGCAGCACUUCCGGGGCAGUCGAAAUACCACUUUUGCUGGAAGGGCUUACCCCUCCCAUUGCCGAGGACCCCAAUCGAGGGACGACGAAUUAUUGCAACCCACCCGUAGCUGUCUUUGCGGGAGCUCUGUACAGUGAUACGGAAAUUGAUGAAAUGCGCCAGGCUUGUGGAAAACUCAGUUCUGUGCCUUGGUUAAAGAUGGAUAUGAGUGUGCCUAGACCGCCACUAGGACCAGGGUAUCCCGAGCAUGUCGUACAGAGAAUCAAAGCAUGCAUGAAGAAGAUAGAAGCUAUGGGAAUGCUAGAACAAGAUGGUGUGUGGCUUUAUUGA